AUGGACAGGGCAAGCUUCUUGUCAGAGGGUGGCUCCAGCGGCGACGGGGCGGAAGCAGACAACCAUCAGAAGGCAGAGGAGGACACGAGCCAGAAAUCACAGUCCUCGCGGGAGCCGCAUGACCAGCCUCGGAGAAAGGUGAAAAGGCAGGAUUUGCAGACGCGUGCAAGCAGCUCUAGCGUUGCAAAAGCAUCGCAUCGAACAGCUGGAGGCCCAAAGGGCAAGUCCAAGGCCUCCAUUGCAGAGGAGCCAAAGGGAGCUACAAGCAACUUGGCAAAGGUUCGGAAUGCUGUUGAGGCCAAAAGUAUCACAUCUACAUUAUUCUCGAAGUCGGCGAAGUCGGGAGUGUCGAGCUCUGCAGCUGCUCAGCGGUUCUUCAAACAGGAAGCCGAGCAACACAUGCAGCGAAUGGAGUUCUCGUGCCGAACUGAGGACAUCACGUGUCAAAGUGGCAUGUCUUUGUCCAAGGGAGAAGUAGAGUUCGUAGAUUUCGGAACAGGGGGCCAUCGCGCUCACUACAUCAUUGCACCUCGUGAUAUGGAAGACGCAGAUGACAUCCUACGAUGGAUGUUCAUUCGGCCAGAUGGAUGGAGACUGAAGCCACCCAACCUUUUGCUUUCGUGCUACGGUGGAAGAGAUCACUACGUGAAUUGGGCUCAGUCGAAAACUCUGCUGAAUCGAGAGGCUUGGGAGAAUCACACAGUUUCCGGUGAUGCGCAGUCCAGCGGGGCAAGAAGGUCCCAUCUAAAGCAAAAGGUGGACAGGGCAGGAGCGAUUGGGCGGCUCAGGCAUACGAUGGCAGACUUUGAGUUCAACAAAAAGUUUACCAGUAGACUGGCAGAGAUUUCCGCCGGUGUUUGCCAAGCUGUUACAGAGUGUGGAGGAUGGUUUGAUCUCGGCAGGGGCCAACGAGGAGGCUUGAAUGAAGUCUUGAUGGAUGGGCUGAAAGUCUACUGGUCUGCGUUUGGCUGCCUUGCUGGCCACAAAGAUGGAUCUGUCGUGUUUUGUGUCCGCUUUCUACAUGAUACGGCAUUCAAGGAGCAGUUCGUUGAGUGCUCCGUACCUACUUCGGCAUCGGAUGACUCCGGCAAGCUUCUGAAGCGCGUCAUAUAUCCAUCCGUGAACGAGCAACUAUUCCCUGAGCUCGGAAGAGAAACUGAUGACACGGCCGACGAACAAGACUUGAGCGGUUUCGGCGAGCCAGAGACUGCUGAAAGUUGCGACAGCACGUUGCGCUUGGAUCAAGAGGUUCGUGCCCAUAUAUCACAACGAUUCCUCUGCAAUGCCCUCACGCACAUAAUUUUUGUGCAGAACCAGCAAACACUGGACAGGCUCCGAAGCAAGCUGCGCUCUUUGGCCACGCGCGCAACCAUUUUUGCAAAUGGCAACAAGUCCCUCAUCCAGCCAGGUGUCGACGGGAAGAUCUUGAUGGAAGCCAUGGCCGGUGUUCCAGUGGUUUGUCUUCACAACACAGGUGGUGCAGCUGAGAUGCUGGGGGCUUCUGUGCUGCAGAGGCGCCAACCAACCCUUCACCUGGAUAAGUUUGGGUAUAACUAUGAGCUGCCUGAGCAUGUCCCUGAUGACCAGUUUCUCAUCCUGAACCCUGCUAAAGACUCUGUCGAAAAAGUCAUCAACAAACUGACUCUCGUGCUGUCCACUGUUCAAGAUGAUGAGAUGAUGGAAGUUGGCUUCGCCAAGAGCGAAGAGAAUCGGCUGCGCUAUGCCUGGGAGCAGCAUUUGUUGUUUGCCCACAAUGCGGCCAUCUUCCGACGGAAAGCCAGAUUUUUGCACUACAUCGCCAUGCUGCUUUCGGUCAUCGUGACCGUUGUGGCUGUCCUUUAUCAAGAAAGCAAGAAAGCAGCUGACGGGCCCUUGCAAGAAGCAGAACUUAAAGUAGCUUUGCUUGUCUUGCCCUGUGUCAGCGCGUUCGUCUUGAGCUCCAUCAGUCGUUUGAGCCCGGUAAACAAAUGGGCUGCGUUGGAAAGCGGGUCUGUGCACAUGAAGAGUGAGAUCUAUCAGUAUCGGUGUCGUGUGCUGGACUACCAGCCCCGCAAAGCCAGCAACAUGGAUAUUGAAGAUCGCGUCGCGGAUCUGUGCGAUCACCAGACAGGUGGCGCGGCAGACGAUGCCGCUGCUGCGUCGGAGGCAUCCAGAAGAAGACGAAACAAAGCCAAAGCAUCCGUGGCAAACAAGAUGAGUAGGCGAGGUGCUUUCGCAGCAACGUUGGAGCAGAUCAACUCCGAUGCUAUUGGCUCGGACGUGCGGUCUGACUAUCUCCAAAUGCCGCCAAGUUAUGCCAUGAACGAACUCCUUGCGAAUCUGUAUGACUGGAACCAUGUAUGUGCAUCCUAUCAGAGGCGCAACAGCUCAUACCGUGCUUGCUGUUGGCAGAUGCUUCAUAAUUUCUGCCGCUGCUCAAGUCGUCACGAUCACGUAGAAUUCAGUGAGACGGACAAUCCAUGGAGCAAAACUGGUGGUGACUUUUAUCAAAAUCCGAAUGUUAUCGAGGAUGACUUUCUAAAGGACGACGGAUUAGCAUUGGUCACAGCCGAGGACUACAUCCACUUCCGUUUCUUGCCCAUGCUGCAGUACUACACUUGGCGCAGCCGAGUUCUUUCUAGAAUGGUGCAAGCUAUUCAGGUGACUAUCUUUUUCUUGACAGGGGUGCUGGCAGCUGCAGGCCCGCUUGGGUUUGAUGCAUGGAUACCCGUGGUUGUGUCAUUCAUUUCAUUCCUCACUGGCAUUCUGGAGUUUGAGGCUUUAUCAUCGCAGCUCCGCAAUGUAAAUCAAUCGCUGGAGUCUCUGAAGAACCUUCACUUCUGGUGGCAGAGCCUGUCCAUGGUGGAGCGGAGAAUGCCGUCCAACAAGAAUGAGUUAGUUGCGUUAACCGAGGCAACAGCAGAUAGCGAGAUCUCUGCUUGGAAGAAGACCCUGAAAAUCAAGAGUGCGAGGUCAGCGAACGCCGGAGAUGAGAAGGAGGAGGAUGCAGCCGAUCGUCGGAAAGAAGACGACUGA